AUGGAUUCGACAUCGAAACAGUUAGAGGUUAAACUAAGAAGGGCUAUCCAGAAAAAUAAUGAUGAUAGCCUGAAAACAAUUCUUAAAGGAAUGGCUGAAUGUCCGAGUGACGCAUUACUUUGGAUUGACAGUAAUUGCGAAUUAAGUAAAGGAUCGUUGAAGCUGUUGAUUCGCAAAGGCGCAGACGUGAAUGCUACUGACGGUUUUCACAGGACUCCGUUGAUUUUAGGUAUAGAGAAGGAGAAUGGUGAUUACGUAAAUGUACUACUAAAACAUGGUGCAGAUAUCAACAUAGCUGAUAAUCAUGGGAACACUGCUUUGAUAGUAGCUGCACAAGGGAACGGGUGCGAUGAAGAGUUUAUGAGCUUGCUUGUGAAUCGAGGUGCAGAUGUAAAUGCUACUGACUGCAAUGGACAGACUGCCCUGAUGCAUGUUAUAUCAAAUGAAGAUUGCAAUGACAUGGAGGAGGUUGUAAAAAUAUUGCUUAGUGAAGGUGACGUCAAUGCAAGGGACAAUGAUGGGAAGACGGCCUUAUUACACGCAAUAUCAGUGGAAGACCCAGACUCAGAGCUUCUGGAGUUCCUUUUCAAAAGUGGUGCAGACGUUAAUGCAUGCGACAAAAAUGGGAAAACAGCACUCUUAUAUGCAACCUCCAGGGAGGAUCUGUCAAAUAACUUAAUUGAAAUGCUCUGUGAGCGAGGUGCAGACGUAAACGCCUGUGACAGUAAUGGGCUGACUGCCUUAUUGCAUACACUCUCACACGAAGAGCUUGAUGUAGAUUGUAUCCGUACCUUAGUCCAUCAAGGAGCAGAUAUCAAUGCCUUUGAUGACACCGGAAAGUCCACUCUGCUAUAUACAAUUUCCAGGGACAUAGAACUUGCGACACAUUUAAUCGACCAAGGUGCAGAUGUCAAUAUCCGGGACAGUGAUGGCAAAACUGCGUUGAUGCAUGCUCUCUCAAGCAAGGAUAUUGAUAUGGAAUGUAUACGCAUGCUGUUACAUCAAGGUGCAGAUGUCAAUGUUGCGGAUGACGAGGGAAAAACAGCCUUACUGUAUGCUUCCUCAAGAACAUUCCUCGAUAUGGAAGUGAUAAGUUUACUUAUAGAUAGUGGCGCAGAUGUCCAGCGUUGCGAUGAACAUAGAAAAUCUGUUUUAAUGAACGUCGUAUCCGGGGGAAAACGGGGAAAGUAUCAAGAAGAAUGUAUUGGCCUAUGCAUCGCGUACGGUGCACCUGUUAACGUGGCUGAUGCCAGUGGAAUGACUGCCGCGAUGUAUGCAGUAAUAGGAGAGAGGGGAAAUUCAAGACAUCUCAGUCUUCUUCUCGAUAACGGUGCAGACGUCAAUGCCGCAAACCAAAACGGGCAAACAAUGUUGAUUCAAGCCAUAUCAGGAACUGAAAAGCAAAAAGAAUGUACUUCUCUUCUCAUAGCAUUUGGUGCUGAUGUUAAUGCCAGGGAUAACGUUGGGAGAACUGCACUGAUGUAUGCUGUAGCUGGCAAUGCUGGAAACACUAAGUAUGUCGAUCUUUUAAUGAAAAACGAAGCGGAUGUUAAUGCAAAAGAUGAAAAUGGAAGGACCGUUUUGAUGUAUGCCGUAUCUGGAGAUCAAACAGAGACAUCUUCGAGGACGGUAGAUAUUGCAGACACGGAUAAUGGCAAUGACAAUAAUUUUAGCCUAAAAUGUGCAAAUCUUCUCAUAGAUAAUCAUGCCGGUGUGAAUACCAGAGCAAAGAAUGGGAACACGGCAUUGAUAUAUGCUAUAAAGGAGGAAGACCUGGAAUGUAUUAGACUUUUAGUAGCGUAUGGAGCAGAUGUUAAUGCAUGUGAUGAAGCUGGCAAAUCAACUCUGCUUCUUGCUUUAGAGGGAAAGAUACGUCCAAAAGAAAUGGCAACUGUGUUAAUUGACCUCGGCGCAGAUGUUAAUACAAUUGAUCCCAUAGGAAAAACAGCGUUGAUGUAUGCUGUUGAAAGUUUAUCAGAAGAGGAUUUAGACUUGGAGUUUGCGAGCCUUCUUUUGGACCGUGGCGCCAACGUCAAUUCUGAAGACCUUACUGGGAAGACUGCACUGCUAUACGCCCUAUCAAGGAACGAUAUUGGGACGCAAUUUGCAAGGCUCCUUGUGUUGAUGUUCGGUGCGAAUAUAAAUGUCAAGGACAACACUGGGAGAACUGCAUUGAUGUACCCUAAAGCGGAAAAAGAAGGAACAGAGUUUACUAAACUCUUGAUCAAACGGGGAGCCGAAAUCAAUGUUGCUGACAAGCAUGGAAAGAAUGCCUUGAUAUAUGCCGCUAUGUCCAGAAAGAGGUACAUACUUGAAGCUCUUCUCGAUCACGGCCUGGAUGCAAAUAUAAGGGACAAUGAAGGAAAGAGUGCGUUGAUUUAUGCUGUUUCAGGAGACAACCUUGACAAAAGAUCAAGACUAACCAGAGUUAUGUCAGUAAAUGACAGUAAAGAUGACAAAGCUGCAAAUGGCAACAAGGACAGAUCGGAAGACGAAGAAAAUGAAAAUUCUGAUGAAAGCGAUGCCACAAGUAAAGAAAGUGAGGAUGAAGAUGAUGAAGACGACGACGACGACGACAGCGACAGUGAUUUUGGUGAUUUAGAUCAGAACUUAUCUGAUUCUGCGGAGGAUACUAGUGCCGACCGUGCAGAAUGCGCCGUUCUCCUUAUCACAUACAAUGCACAUGUCAACAUAAGCGACAAAUACGGAAAGACGGCGCUGAUGUAUGCUGUAUCCGGUGAAAACAUUGCUUUUUCUAUGGAUGACAUAGACAAUGAGCCCAAAUCUACCGCUAGUAUUUUGGUUCAUCAUGGCGCAGACAUCAAUGCUAGGGACGAGACUGGUAAAACGGCAAUAAUACAUGCUGCGAGAUGGAACAACUUACCAUGUGUGCUUUAUUUUGCGAUGUACGGAGCAGAUGUGAAUGCUGUUGACAAUUCGGGUAGGACAGUGCUCAGCUAUACGCAAGGGUUCACCAGAGGCCUACGAUUCAUGUAUUGCUAUCUGACCGCAAUGGGAGCCGAGGACGCCGACUACAAACAGUUGAUGCAGCUGAACCCAAACGCAACCGCCUUUCAGCAAGAACAAGCGAAACAAAAGCUCAAGGCCUGGAAAAUGAAAACAAAGCUAAGUCUGCAAAGCCAAGCAAGAACAUCAAUUUUCCAGUUUACCGUAUCGAACAAGCAGAGUUAUUUUCAGUAUGUGGAACAUAUUACGGAUAACAUGCCCGAUCAUUACGAAAUGUGCUGUACCGAUGAUCAGAUAGAGGAGCUCGUCAGCGUGCUGUCUUUUCUGAAGGAUUACGAAAAUAUCAACAAAAUAAUACAACCUCUGCGCAACAGCAACAAAUCGGAGACUGCCCUUAAUGUAAAUCAAAACGAAGUGAAACUGGCUGAUAUCCUCAAACACAGAAUUGGAAAGCAGUUCAAAAAGGGAAGAAAGGUCAAACAAGAUGAGAAGAUUUAUUCAAAGAGUUCAAUCCACAAAUCCAAUGUACAGUAUGAAAGGAUGGGGAUUGCAGUAAUGCGGCCAUUCAUUGACUUUACCAAAUGUGUAGGGCAAGGGGGCUUCGGUAAAGUGUACAGAGGGAAGAGUCGAUAUCGGAAUGUUCAGGUAGUCGUAAAGAUAUCUCAGGAGGUCGCAUUGGGUACCUCCAGAUCGACCACAUAUACAGCUUCACAAUUCAAAAGGGAAUUGUUGACUGCUCCAAUCAAGAAUCCGUUUAUCGUACCAAUAUUUGCAGUAACAGAGGAAGUUGGGAAACCGUAUCACAUCAUGUAUCCCUACAUGGAGGGGACUGACUUGGAGAAGAGAUUGUUCAAAUGCCAAACUGGGAAAGAGUUAACAUGGAGACAGAGAGUGCAGAUUGCAUGCCAUGUAUCACAAGGUCUUUUAGCUUACCACAAAAUAGUUCCUGGGGUCAGAAACAAGCCGAUCCUCCAUAGAGAUAUCAAGCCUGGGAAUAUUCUUCUCGACAAAAACGACAAUGCAUGCCUCUCAGAUCCUAGUUUGGCAAAGGAGAUGGAUGCCAAGAAAACCCACGUGUCUGGGGUUGUAAUAAGUGGGACUAAUGGAUACAUCGAUCCAGACAUAUACGAGCGUUACCUAAAGGAGAAACAAAAGUAUACCUUCUAUGCAAGGAACGACGUGUACAGUUUUGGUAUAGUGAUGCUGCAAAUGUUGAUGCAGAUGGGUCCUCUGAUAGACGAUGGUGGUCAGCAGCCUCUUGUGACGUACUUGGAAACCCAAAACAUUUUGGACUUUAAUCCAAAUGUAUCGCUGAACAAUAAUGUUUCCUCACUGUCUGAGCAGGCAGCCAAUAUGUGGCCAAGAGGAGAUGAUGGCGAUGCUGUUUAUACGAGAAAUUUUUGUGAAAUCAUAUUGCAAGCUUUUCAUAGCGAUACAGAAAAGAGGAUUCCACUCGAUAAAAUUUGCAAAGAGCUAAAGGAGUUGUGCAAGAAUAUAGGUCAAGCGCGAUUUAACUUUCACAUUGACGAUUUGAAAGUGUGCGUUGGUUGCAAGGUCAACACGAUAGCAAAGGGUUUGAGCUUGCGUUCUCCAAGAUGCAAAACGCCUUCAGCACCCUGUUGUUUCUACUGCAAAGAGUGCUAUCUAUUGGCGUACAGAAACCCCCUCGUGUGCCCAAUGCAUGGUCCAGCAGAGCCACCUAUAGGACAUGGAAACACUUAUGCAGUGGUGGUUGCUGGCUACCACACAGACGCCAAAGGGGACGUUGUGCCAGGUGGUGACACAGUGUUUGCAAGAGACGCUAUAGGAAUAUCAAAUGCAUUGAAAGAUAGUAGGAUGAUCGGCGGUUUAAGGGAAGGUGUACAUCUCUUCACUUUCACCCCAGCAAAAGGUAACUGCACUUCAAAAGCAAUUCUUCAUCGAAUCAAAGAAUUAGGAGCCAAGAUAGCAACGUUACCGGAUGCUACAUUUAUAUUCUAUUAUUCUGGCCAUUGCAACGGGGACGAUCUCUUCCUCAAAAAUGGCGAAUCUAUUGAAAAGGAUGACUUACGCUCUCGGUUUGAAAACAUGAAGAAGGCAGUAGAAGUAUUGGUGAUAAUGGACUGUUGUUUCGCUGCUUCAUUUGACACUUUGACUCGAUCUAGCAGCCACCCCCAAAGAAAUAUUGACAAAAUUCCCCAAUCCCCAGUUCCAGUUGUCGUGAACACUGGCUUAUCUAUACCGAUAGCUAACUCAAGCAACAUUGACUUCGAAAGUUCGACUUACAAAGCACGCGCAACACCUGCCUCUACGACGCAAGCCAACACUUUUGUUCAACAGGAAACUUUAAGUCAAGGUCAUAGUUCCUCUGUGGAAGUCACACAAGACCAACACGAAAGCUACGCCAGUGAUCAAUUCCAAUCAGAUAGCUCUAGAUUCUGUCAAAUGCAGUGGUCCGCCUCAUCACCGGACCAAACAUCGUCUGGCCCAAGGAAAAACAAUACAGAAUACAGUCUUUUUACCAAAUACUUGAUAGCUGGGUUACACAGUGGGUCAAAGUGCGCCUUUCAAACCACCACAGAGCAUGCAAAUGCAGAAUGCCAUAUAUGCGAAAAGUUUCGCAAAUUAUCUGCCGUAGAAGAAUGUGUUACACUUCCAAACUUGCAAGAUUACGUGUCCAAACAUAUGGAACUUGAGAUAGAUGAAAGAGGUUUGCCUAACACCCAACAGCCACAAAUUGAUGGAUCGAUGAGAGGGGUGUUUAAGAUGGCAUACUACAACAGUGAGCCCUUGAAUGAUGAAUACCCAUGCUACUAUGGCGAAACGUUCAUUGGUACGGCUAGAAUCCCAAGAACACCCGAUGAUUUUGGUCUACUCAAACACGAAUUAUGGAGCAGUUUAAAUGGAAUUCUUCCUUGUUGUGUGGAAUCUGACGAUUUGGUGAUUUCAUCAAACAAAAUGCCUAUAUGUAACUCGAAAGAUGUUCAACAAUGCAAAGCCAGAGGACGGGCCAUAGAGCUUUGCAUAUACAACGAGUUGAAGCAAUUGACUACCCGUCAUGCGGUAUUUUACAUGGAGAAGUCGUCCGAUAUUGUGCUAGAAGGCAUUGAUGACUGGAUGAUGUUCGUGAACGAACGAAACCACACAGAAAACUUACUUCCUGGAGUAACAAUGCGGAAGGUUCAAAGUGAACAUCAUGUCAAUGAAAUGGUGGGAUGGUUUCAACUGUCUGUUCCCAGAAGCAUCAGUAUAGACUUCACCUCAGAUGAGUGGUCUGAACUUGGUAAACGUGGAUGCAAUGAAUUGCAGGAUUUGAUCUGGGCAUGCAAACAGACACAUUCUGCACUUAACAUUCAAGUGUUCACUGAUGGUUUCAUUAAAUUUAAAUUGAAAGAUUGAGUCGCAAACGGAUUCCAAGAAAAUGAAAAGUACAUUCAUUGAUUAAUUAGCAAAUAUGAAAAAUGCUCAACAGAAGACAUUAUUUUGCCUGCUGAAAUAUCAUUAAGAGGAAUCGUUUAUCCUGAAUCUAUUCCUCAAAAUGCAAUAGCUAUUAUAUUUACAAUUUAUCUUUACACUUCUCGGGUCCAUUGCGAAGGCAACGAAGAAAAUGAUGUCAUACAAUCCAACAAUUUUAUAUAGUAAUAAUCAUUACUCUAUGAUAGUGUUCUCCACGAGAAUAUUUUCAUCAAGUAUGUGCAGAAAAUUCUCAUUUUCAUAAAUCUAAAUACUUCAAGAAUUUUUCUCAUUUUCGAGAAAGCACAAAUAAUUUUUAAGUGUCUAGCUUUUGUUUUCUAAAUCGUUCCAACUUGCUUUAAUGCUAAGGAAAACAUUUUGAGACGCUGCUUCACUUUCAAAUA